AUGGGCGGCGGUCGUCGACGUCGUAUUGAACGGUCCUCUAGUAGUAUUGAUCGUCGUUAUAAACGGCCACGCAACAGCUCGGAACGACAUCGACGGAACGAAUCACGCAAUCGACGUGCCCGUAGACGAUCGUGGAAUAAAAAAAAUUCUGACCAUUUUAAAUCACCCAUCAAAAGUCUGUAUAAUCUCUUCACAGCUAUCUCCAGUAACGGUCAACAUUUUCAAGUGCUGAUUGAUAAGGAGUAA